AGGACCCCACCGCCCGAUACUCCGCGCUUGUGUUGCAGGCCGACUGAAGGCUGGAACUAGUGCGGCGGAUUUCUCUUUCUCAGUAACCAGUGACGUGCCAGUUUGGGCGAGAAGCAAUUCAGUGGCAGCCUCUUUUUAACUUUUUACCUGGACCUUACAGCCAUUUUUACACCAUGGAUUGUUGGAAUAAUGGAGUUAGGCCCUUGCCCAGCCAGCCAUAACGUCAGCAUAGUUGGCUAGCUAGCUAACGUUGGUAUAUUAGCUAGCUGGGCUGCUAGACCACCGCAUCGCCCUGCUUGCGCUGUUAUUAUUGUGCGUCAGGCUGAUUAAAGGGACGUUUUUAUGGACUCGUGUAUAGCAUUUUAGUGGAUUUUAAGCUUCAGUGGCACGUCUUACACUGUUUAUAUAAAGUGUUUAACGCGGACUUGGUAGUCGCAUAUCAUAAAAACAAGGAAGCCGACCUCAGUGGAUGGUCCAAGGUUUUGGUGACAGAGCCUCACGCUUUCUUGAACACUACACGGGAACUGAAACAUCACCCAGCGGCGAGGGGCUUCUACGGGCCCGAUACAUUUGGCUUCAAUGGGGGAAAAUGACAACAUGGACUAUUUUUACCAGCAGGUUUUGCAAAAGGACGUGACCCGGCGUCUGCAGGUCGGGCCAGAUUUAAUUGACUACCUCAGUGAUCCGCAGCGGUCUGGGGAUGUUGAGCAGGAGAAAGCACGGCUGGAUAAGACCAUAGAUGAACUAACUGGAUGGGUCAACUCCAGCAAUUACAAGGUAGCCUUGCUGGGGAUCGAUAUUGUAUCAGCUUUCGUCGACAGACUGAAUGAGCGGUUCAGAGGAUAUGUGGGGACAGUUGUGCCAGCGCUGGUGGACCGGCUGGGAGACUCCAAAGACCAGGUGCGAGAACAGGCCCAGGCUCUCAUCCUCAAACUCAUGGAUCAGAGUGCCACCCCCAUGUUUGUCUGGGAGAGGUUAUUAACAGGCUUCAAGCACAAGAACUUCCGCAGCAGAGAGGGAGUGUGCCUCUGUUUAGUGUCCACCCUCAAUACGUAUGGUGCUCAGGCCCUGAGUCUUAGCAAGAUCGUGCCCUUCCUCUGCACGUUAACCGGAGACCAAAACCCUCAGGUGAGAGAGGCCGCCAUAACGUCACUAGUGGAGGUGUACCGUCAUGUCGGGGAGAGAGUCAGGGCCGACCUUGGCAAGAGUGGCCUCCCUCCUCAGCGGCUUCAGAUGAUCCAGGGGCGGUUUGAUGACGUUCUGCAUUCUGGGAACAUGGCCCUGACACUCAGUGUUGAUCGCAGCUUUGACGAUGAUGACUCAGUGGAUGGCAGCAGGCCCUCCUCGGCCCAGGCCUUCAAGGUGCCCAAAGUACCCAAGAAGCAGGCGGAGGCACGCAGACCCAGCGCCACCAGCGCCAAGCUAGGUGCAUCAAAGGAUAGCGCUGGAGGUCUUGAUGAGGAAGAUUUUGUGAAAUCCUUCACUGAUGUGCCUACCGUCCAGAUCUACUCUGCGCGGGACUUGGAGGAUAACCUGAAUAAGAUUCGAGAGGUGCUGUCAGAUGAUAAGCACGACUGGGACCAAAGAGCCAACGCUCUAAAGAAGAUUCGCUCUCUGCUGGUUGCCGGGGCGAUGGAGCAUGAUUGCUUCUUCCCGCACCUGCGGCUGCUGGACGGGGCCUUCAAGCUGUCGGCCAAGGACCUGCGCUCUCAGGUGGUCCGGGAGGCGUGCAUCACCGUCGCGUACCUGUCGACGCUGCUGGGGAACAAGUUUGACCACGGGGCGGAGGCCAUCGUGCCCGUGCUCUUCAACCUCAUCCCCAACUGUGCCAAAGUCAUGGCCAGCUCCGGAGUGGCCGCCAUACGCUGCAUCAUACGGCACACUCAUGUUCCACGCCUAAUCCCACUCAUCACCAGUAACUGCACAUCCAAGUCAGUGGCAGUCAGGAGACGUUGUUACGAGUUCCUGGAUCUGCUCCUGCAGGAGUGGCAGACUCAUUCUCUUGAGAGGCAUGCUGCAGUGCUGGUUGAGAGCAUUAAGAAGGGCAUCCGUGAUGCCGACUCAGAGGCUCGGGUGGAAGCCAGAAAGGCCUAUUGGGGUCUGCAGGCUCACUUCCCGUCGGAGGCGGAGAAUCUGUACUCGUCUCUGGAGUCGUCCUAUCAGAGGACGCUGCAGUCCUGCCUCAAGAGCUCCGGCAGCGCAGCCUCCCUGCCCCAGUCAGACCGCUCCUCCAGCUCCUCGCAGGAGAGCUUAAACCGUCCUCUGGGCAAGUGGUCGGCCGCACCUGGCAGAGUGCCAGUCAAGUCCACCAACUCUCCUGGCUCCCUGCAGCGUUCCCGUAGCGAUGUGGACGUUGCCGCGGCAUCGGGGGCGGCGGCCAGGAAGACGGGAGGGGCCUCCAGGGUGCCUGCCGGGUCCUUCGCAUCACUCGGACGUGUGCGAACCAAGCAGCAGAUGUCGGUGAGCACCAGUCAAACCGACUCCAGGGGACGCAGCAGGACCAAGAUGGUGUCUCAGUCCCAACGUUCUGAUGAUUCAGAUUGUACACCAGCGGGUUCUCGCUCGGGCUCCCCUGGCCGGGUGCUAAACAGCACGGCUCUGAGCAUGCUCAGUACGGCUCCGCGGGGCAUGGGCACGGGCCCCCAGCGACGCAGCCGCAUCCCCCGCAGUCAGGGGGCCAGCCGAGACAGCAGCCCUACACGGCUGUCAGUGGCACCGUCCAGCAUUAGCCACAUCUACAACGGAUCGAAAGGAGCUCGAGGCAGUCGUAUCCCGAGGCCCAGUGUGAGUCAGGGCUGCAGUCGGGAGGCCAGUCGAGAGAGCAGUCGAGACGCCAGCCCUGUGCGCUCCUUCACCCCGCUAGCAACGCGGCACUACUCUCGUUCCACUGGUGCGCUCCAUGUUGCUGAGGCCUUUGGGGCUGCAGGUUCUGGUUUGGGCAUGUCUACAUCUAGUCGCCUGUCGUCGUCCGUCAGUGCCAUGAGGGUUCUGAACACCGGAUCAGACGUGGAGGAGGCCCUGGCUGAUGCUUUGCUGCUAGGGGACCUGAGGAGCAAGAAGAAGCCGGCUCGGCGGCGCUAUGAGCAGUACGGCAUGUACUCGGACGACGACGCCAACAGCGAUGCGUCGAGCGCCUGCUCGGAGCGCUCCUACUCCUCGCGCAACGGCAGCAGCAUCCCCACCUACAUGCGGCAGACGGAGGACGUGGCCGAGGUGCUCAACCGCUGCGCCUCCGCCAACUGGAGCGAGCGCAAGGAGGGGUUGAUGGGACUGCAGACGCUGCUCAAGAACCAACGUACACUAAGUCGCGUGGAGCUGAAGAGGUUGUGUGAGAUUUUCACACGAAUGUUCGCCGACCCUCACAGCAAGCGCGAGUCCAGAGGCUUCGGCUCGGCAGAAUCCGUAAUCAGUUCUGCCUCCUUCAAGAGAGUCUUCAGCAUGUUCUUGGAGACGUUGGUGGACUUCAUUGGGGUGCACAAGGACGACCUUCAGGACUGGCUCUUCGUGCUGCUCACCCAGCUCCUGAAGAAGAUGGGCGCAGACCUCCUGGGCUCCGUCCAAGCCAAAGUGCAGAAGGCCUUAGACGUCACCAGAGAGUCGUUCGCAAAUGACCUACAGUUUACUAUCCUGAUGCGGUUCACGGUAGACCAAACCCAGACUCCGAACCUGAAGGUGAAGGUGGCGAUUCUGCGCUACAUCGAGACGCUAACGAUGCAGAUGGAGCCCACCGACUUCACCAACUCCAGCGAGACGCGCCUGGCCGUCUCCCGCAUCAUCACCUGGACCACCGAGCCCAAGAGCUCCGACGUCCGCAAGGCUGCGCAGGCGGUCCUGAUCGCCCUGUUCCAGCUCAACACCCCCGAGUUCACCAUGCUGCUGGGCGCGCUGCCCAAGACCUUCCAGGACGGAGCCACCAAGCUGCUGCAGAACCACCUGCGCAACACCGGAAACACGGCACAGGCCUCAACUGGAAGCCCCCUCCUGAGACACACGCCCAGAUCACCAGCCAGCUGGACAAGCCCGCUCACCUCCCCCACCAACACCUCCCAGACCCUCUCACCCAGUGCUUUUGAUUAUGACACGGAGAACAUGAACUCGGAAGAGAUCUACAGCUCUCUGCGUGGCAUGAGUGAGGCCAUCCAGAACUUCAGCGUGAGGAGCCAGGAGGACAUGACGGACUCGCCCCGCAAGAGAGACGGAGAGGAGGAGGUGGAGACUGGUCGGACGGCGCUGGACAACAAGACGUCUCUACUGAACACGAUGCCCAUGCUUCAGUCCAGCCCCCGGCCCUCCAGGGACCCUGGCAAGAAGGACUCCUCAUUUGACUCGGAAGGACAGCCUGUCUCCGAUGACAGCGGAGUGGACCAAUCGGAGGUGGUUGCGGAGCUGCUGAAGGAGUUGUCCAAUCACAGCGAGCGCGUGGAGGAGCGCAAGGCUGCGCUGUGCGAGCUGAUGAAGCUGAUCCGGGACACGCGCACGCAGACGGUCUGGGACGAGCACUUCAAGACCAUCCUGCUGCUGCUGCUAGAAACACUAGGCGAUGGAGAGCAUGUUAUUAGGGCGCUGGCUCUGCGUGUGCUGAAGGAAAUCCUGAGCAGACAACCGUGGCGCUUCAAGAACUAUGCAGAGCUUACCAUCAUGAAGACCCUGGAAGCACAUAAAGACCCUCAUAAAGAGGUGGUGCGUGCGGCGGAGGAGACGGCCAGCAUGCUGGCCAGUGCCAUCAAUGCAGACCAGUGCAUCAAGGUGCUGUGCCCCAUCAUCCAGUCGGCCGACUACCCCAUCAACCUGGCCGCCAUCAAGAUGCUCACCAAGCUGAUGGACCAGAUGCCCAGAGAGUGCCUGGUGCAGCUGCUGCCAGAGGUGGUGCCCGGACUCAUACAGGGUUAUGACAACUCUGAGAGCAGUGUGAGGAAAGCGUGUGUGUUCUGUCUGGUGGCCAUCCACUCAGUCAUCGGGGAGGAGCUCAAACCACACCUGGCACAGCUGUCUGGGAGCAAGCUGAAGCUGUUGAAUCUCUACAUCAAACGUGCACAGAGUGGCUCCAGUGGCAGUGACCCGCCCUCAGAAUCGGGUCCCGGACCUUAACUCCACCGCCGCCCCCCCUCCCUCCUCCUUCCUUUCUUCCUUCCCUCUCUCCUCCUCCUCUUCCUCUUCAGCCGGGAUGAAGACCCGGCCGAAACAACCAACCAACCAACAACCGACCGAUCGACCAACAACAACCAUCCAUCCACCCAUCCAUCAGAGAUUUUAACUUUUUUGUGCACAUACUCGCAUCUUGACGACUGACACUCACCAUGGCUAACUGACGCAAAGAUUUUGUACUCAUUUUACACAUUGAGCUGCGUGACCAUAAAUCGCCACCCCCCCCUUCUCGUCCCGUCCCCGUCACCCGCUUACCCCCCAAUCCCUGUCAACGCAUCCCUUAGCUCCUCCAGCUAUGCCUUGGACUGCAGUAUGCGCAAUGUAGUGUCUUCUCUCAGUCUGUGCGUUAAGUGUGUGGGUUACGUACAUGCGUUGCGUAAUGUUAAAGGUGCCGCACGCGUAAACACGUGCGCACGCUCACACACACACACACACACUUACACCAACCCCACCCCACGCUCAUUUCCGUGUUUUACAUGCGUUAAAGACAUUAAUGGGGACACAGCAGUUCAGGUCAAUUGUGAUGUAAUCAUAACACUCACUCACACAGGCACACACGCACACACACACACACAAAUACAACACUCCUGUCACGGCUCAACCCUUGUAGUUAAAGAACUGGAGAAAAGGGAGGUUGCGGAGGUCUUUAUACUCCAGCUGUUUUGGGGCUCAGUUGCAUGUCUUACAAAGGCCCGAGACUGAAGUGGAGUGGAGAUGGGUGAGGGGCCCCAAGGCGGACGUGGGCCGGAUCUGUACCGGACUCGGCUGGGCACCGACGGACGGGGUGAAAGGUCAAGGUCAAGGUUGAGGACCCACGUGGGCCAAUAAGGUGCCAAUCUGUCGGGCCGAAGUCACCUGUGUAACGCCAGUCAGUCAGUCAGUGCGUGUGUCCGUCCUUCUCCUGUCCCCACCCCUCCUCAACUAUGUAUCGCAAUGACACAGCCCCCUCAUCUGGUCUCCUAGAGCUCUAGUGUCACUCUGCUCCAUGCAAACGGAGGGUUGUAGAAAAUGUACUUACACUUUUAAACCGCUAAUAUGUAUGUCCCUUCCUAUUUCUCUCUCUUUCUUUCUUUCUUUCUCUUCUUCUGUCUGUCUGUCUGUCUCUCUUUCUCUCUCUUUUUCUCAUCUGUCUCUUGUGUUCCCUGCUGCAUUUAUGUAUGUGUAUUAACAAUAAAAUUGCGAACUGUACAGACC